GUACAUAUAAAAAAUAUCUAUAAAUCUAUCUAUAAAAGUGUAAGUGAAAAAAAUGGUUGUUGAAGAAAAAACAGAAAAGUCUGUAGAAUUGGAUGAUGUGCUUCGGAAGUUUGCUUUGUCUCAAAAAUAUCAUGUGAUUUUUGGAAUUCUACUCUUCAUUGCUUUUGCUACGAACUCGCUUGCUGGCAGCCAGUUUGUGUUUGCUGCAGAAUAUGUACAGUACAAAUGUGACAACUCUCUGAAUGAAUGUGGAGUAAGCUCACCUAUAAAUGUGACAUUUGAGAAUCAAUUUGACCAGCAGUGCUACGCGAGGGUGCCACUAGACGAGGCUGCUACUUGCUUCGAGGUGAACCAAUCCACCCUGGUGCCCUGCAAUGACUGGGUCUAUGAGAACCCUGACAGCUUUGUUGGUGAGUUCCAGUUGGCGUGCCAAGAAUGGAAGAGGACUCUUGUCGGUACUAUUUCCAGUUUCGGAAAUAUGCUCGGCUUACUGAUUGUUGGACCAGUUUCAGACAGGAUUGGUAGAAAGAACACCCUGAUCAUGACAGGUGUCAUCGGAGGAGUCCUGGGUCUCGCCAAGAGUUUUGCCACCAACUACUGGCUGUAUGUUGUGUUGGAAAUGGCCAACGCUGCUUUAGGGGACGUGUGCUCGCCGGCUUUCAUGCUAGCUGUAGAGAUUGUUUCAGUAAGGGACCGUGCUAAAUAUUACAUGGUAACGCAAUUGGGAUUCCAAAUAGGAAACUUUAUGCUCGUUUUGGUCGCAUGGCUAUUCCCAUACUACAGGACUUUACUGAGAGUCAUUUAUGCACCCUUGCUACUUUUCAUUCUCUAUGCUUACUUCAUAGACGAAAGCCCGAGAUGGCUACUAACGAAAGAAAAAAAGAAAGAAGCAGUUUCUAUAUUAGAAAAAGCAGCUAAGAAGAAUAACAUCAUACUCGACAAAUCUUGGCUAGAAAACUUAACGUGUGAAAAGGAAGACAAAUCUGGACAAAUUGGAUAUUUAGCGCUGUUAAAAACUACAUUUUCUUCUAAAGUAUUACUGCAAAGGUUCUUGAUUUGUCUAGUCUGGUGGACCACUAGUACAUUUGUGGCAUGGGGUUUAACUGUGAAUUCUGUUUUAUGGGGUGGCAACAAAUAUUUAAAUUAUGCCUUGAUACCUAUGGUUGAUAUACCUGCAGCUUUUACGAUGGGCUAUGUGUUGAUUAGAUUUAAAAGAAAGAUGCCCUUGAUGAUAUCAUUCUCUUGUGCUGCAUUAUUCUUCUUUAUACAGCUAUUCUUACCAUCAGACUUGAAUUGGCUUUCUAUAAUGUUCUUCUUGGGCGGAAAAUUCAUGGCUGCAAUAUUUUUCAAUAUAACGUAUGUGUUUACAUCAGAGUUAUUCCCAACUCAUACCAGAAACUCAAUGCAUGCUCUGUGUUCAUCUAUCGGAAGAAUUGGUUCUAUACUCGCGCCGCAAACGCCAUUGUUGUUGGCCUACUGGACCGGUCUUCCUGCUGUGCUCUUCGGUUCAGCUUCAGCUCUCGCAGCCUUUGUCACUAUAUUUGUACCUGAUACAGCUGACGACUCUUUACCAGAUACUGUACAUCAAGCUGAAUUUGUUGGAACGAAUGAAGGAAAGAACAAGACAGCGAAUUGAUUCAUAAAUUACCUAAAUAGUUUUCUUUUUUGUAUGCCUCUGAUGGAAAUUAAAAUAAAUUGUUAUAAAUAGUAA